GGCUUACAUUUCAAAGUCUAAACUCAAACCCAACUUAACAAACAAGCAAAAAGAUGAAGUUCGUGGUUCUGUUGGCAAUUUGCUUCGCCGUUUCCAUCCAGGGUCUUCCUGUGAAGGAAAAGGAGGUGAAGUCGGUUGCUGUUCCGGAAGUGAAGGUGGUUGCUGUGGAUGACGAAAUUGUUACUGACGAGCCCGUUACUGAUCCUGAGGAUGAAACUGAGGGCCCCACUGAAGAUCCCGAAGAUGUAACGACCGUUAAUCCAGAUGAGGAAACGUCUGAGGAGACGUCCGAGGAAACGUCUGAAGAGACGUCUGAAGAGACAUCUGAAGAGACUUCUGAGGAGACGUCUGAAGAGACUUCUGAGGAAACGUCUGAAGAGACGUCUGAAGAAACGUCUGAGGAAACGUCUGAGGAAACGUCUGAGGAAACGUCUGAGGAGACUUCUGAAGAAACAUCAGAGGAAUGCGAUUGUGAUGAGGAAUGUUUGAAAGGCUUGAUCAACAUCAACGUUAACUUUGACAACCGUGGAAAUUAAAAUAUAAAAAGGUUAUUUUAAA